CAUCAGGAGAAGCAAUACUUCUCUUUCCCUGGAGAACUUUUGAUGCGGAUGCUGAAGAUGCUCAUUUUGCCAUUGAUCACUUCCAGUCUGAUGUCAGGCUUGGCCACCAUGGACUCCAAGGUGUGUGGGAAGAUGGGAGUGAUCACCAUCACCUACUACCUGUGGACCACCUUCCUAGCCGUCACAACUGGCAUCGUCCUAGUCAUCAGCAUCCAUCCGGGGGCCGCCGCCCAGAAGGAGGACUACGCCGUGGGCAAAGUGGUGCUCAGCUCCGCCGAUGCCCUCCUCGACCUCAUCAGGAACAUGUUCCCUUCAAACCUCAUUGAGGCCUCCUUCCAACAGUACCGGACAGUGCUGGUGCCGGUGGUGAAGACCUCGAAGGACCCGAAGGCGGCCAGGAAGUCAGUCAGCUUCAUCUAUUUCCUGCCGGAUGCAGCCAACCCAGGGGUGCAGCGCCCGGUGCUGCUGGAGAUCACACCUGCCCCCGAAAUGACCUACCGCACCCUCCCUGGCAGCAACAGCGAGAUGAAUGUCCUGGGCAUCGUCAUCUUCUCCGCCACCAUUGGUUUCCUGCUGGGCAAGAUGGGGGAGCGCGGGGCGCCGCUGGUGAACGUGUGCCAAUGCCUGAACGAAGCUGUGAUGAAGAUCGUCUCCAUGGCCGUGUGGUACUUCCCCUUCGGUAUUGUCUUCCUGAUCGCAGGGAAGAUCCUGGAGAUGGAGGACCCCUACAUAGUGGGGAAGAAGCUGGGCCUCUACGCCAUAACCGUGGUCACUGGGCUGGCCAUCCACAGCCUCUGCUUUUUGCCCCUCCUCUUCGCCCUCAUCACCCGGAAGAACCCCUUCGCCUUCAUCCGCGGCAUCCUCCAGGCCCUGCUUAUCGCCCUGGCCACCUCCUCCAGCUCGGCCACCCUUCCCAUCACCCUCAAGUGUCUUCUAGAGAACAACGGGAUUGACCGGCGCAUAGCCCGCUUUGUCCUCCCUGUCGGUGCCACCAUCAACAUGGACGGGACCGCCCUUUAUGAGGCUGUGGCCGCCAUUUUCAUUGCACAAGUCAACGAAUAUGACCUGGACUUGGGGCAGAUCAUCACCAUCAGCAUCACAGCCACGGCUGCCAGCAUUGGGGCGGCCGGCAUCCCCCAGUCGGGCCUGGUCACCAUGGUCAUCGUCUUGACCUCGGUCGGACUGCCCACCGAAGACAUUACCCUCAUCAUUGCCGUUGACUGGGCCUUGUGAGUCACUCUCCUUC